AUGUUAUCGGUGGCACAACGCGGUGUUAGGAGCUUGAUAGCACAACGUGCUUUCGCCCUCUCAGCACCUGCUUGUGAUGCUAAACGUGGGAAUAUUGCCAACUACAAGGUCGUCGACCACGCGUUCGAUGCCGUUGUUGUUGGCGCAGGUGGUGCUGGCCUACGUGCUGCUAUGGGUCUUUCCGAGGGUGGUUUGAAAACUGCUGUUAUCACCAAGAUCUUCCCCACUCGAUCACAUACCGUGGCCGCUCAAGGAGGAGUUAAUGCAGCGCUAGGAAGUAUGAACAAGGAUGAUUGGCGCUGGCACUUCUAUGAUACUGUUAAGGUUACUAUUUUCUUUGCUAGGGAUACGUCACCCAUUGGGAAAAAAGAGAAAGUGAUUUUUCGAAAGAUUGGAAGAAAAAAGAGAAAAUGA